GCAGGAUGUUGUGGUUCCGACCACAGAGCUCGGAUCAGCUGGUCGGGGAGUUCCUCGGCUCUGGACCCGUCGGCAGGAGAACAACGUGUUUAUGAAAGGAGAGAGCAUCCCGAGGCAUCCCGAGGCUCCCCGAGCCGCGUGUCGGCCAGCUAGCUUCGGGGCUAAAGCUAGCUGCCCGGAGGCUAGCGGUGACACCCGGAUGGAGCCGCUGAGAGCCGUUACUGACGUCAUGACGUCGUUAUAACGUCACUAACCUCAUAACCACCACGUCGAGCUGAGGAACAGUGACCGUCAGAUGAGGCUCUGUGUGAGCUCAGCCUCAGAGAGGUCGGCCUCACCCUCUCCAGCAGGAGGCCUCUCUUCAACAACACGCCUGUCUUUCAGAAACAAGAUGCUCAAGCACUGGGGCGUCGUGGGAGGGCUGGCUGCUGCGCUGGCAGCUGGACUUUAUGUUUUGUGGGGCCCGAUCACAAAGAGAAGGAAGAAGCAGAGAGGUAUGGCUCCUGGUCUGUUGAAUUUAGGCAACACCUGCUUCCUGAACUCGUUGCUCCAGGGCUUGGCAGCGUGUCCGUCCUUCAUCCGGUGGCUGGAGGUGUUCUCGUGUUCCCGUGGGAUCCAGUCGUGCAGGGACAGCCAGAUGUCCAGCACGCUGCUUCAGCUUCUCCACGCUCUGUCCAGAGACCGGCCGGGGGAGGACGACGUGCUGGAUGCCGGGGGCCUGCUGGCUGUUCUCAGACUCUACAGGUGGCACAUCAGUUCAUUUGAAGAGCAGGACGCACAUGAACUUUUUCAUGUCCUUACAUCUUCUCUGGAGGAGGAGCGGGAUCGUCAACCCAAAGUCGCUCACUUGUUUGACAUGCAGUCCCUCGAGAGCCCUCCUGCUCAGGUUGAGGAAACGAUGAUCUGCAGGAGUCGAGCCCCUCUUCAUCCGAUACCGAGCCCCUGGAAGUCUCAGCAUCCUUUUCACGGUCGCUUAACCAGCAAUAUGUCGUGCAAGCGCUGCGAACAACAAAGUCCAAUGCGGUACGACUCGUUUGAGAGCCUCUCCCUGGCCCUCCCUUUGCCUCAGUGGGGUCGACGCAUCUCUCUGGAUCAGUGUCUCCAGCUCUUUAUCUCCUCUGAAGCCAUCAAGGAGGUGGAGUGUGAGAACUGCACCAAGCUUCAACAAGGGAACACCGUCAACGGGCGAGUUCUGGAGAGCCAGAGGACGACGUUCAUUAAACAGCUCAAACUUGGAAAGCUCCCUCAGUGCCUCUGCAUCCAUUUACAAAGGCUGACGUGGUCCAGCGAAGGAACGCCCAUCAAGAGGCAGGAGCACGUUCAGUUUGCGGAGCAUCUGUCGAUGGACCGCUACAAACACCACGCCGCCGCCCGCAGAGGACGGCCCACCCCACGAGCGCCGCUCCCCACGGAGGCAGCGGGUCCAGAGGGUUCUGCCCGUGGCCCCGAAGCAGAGCGUCAGUCCAACAACAACCAGCCUUUUCCCAACGGAACGUGUCCGUCUGUCCUCCUUCAGGCCCCGCUCGGCCUCACAUGUGACGUCAGGCCGACGGAGUACUUGUUCCAGCUCACGGCCGUGCUGGUCCACCACGGAGACAUGCACUCGGGACAUUUCGUCACGUACCGCCGCAGCCCUUCCUCACCUCGCAGCCCUUCCUCACCUCGCAGCCCUUCCUCACCUCGCAGCCCUUCCUCACCUCGCAGCUCUUCCUCACCUCGCAGCCCUUCCUCACCUCGCAGCUCUUCCUCACCUCGCAGCCCUUCCUCACCUCGCAGCUCUCCGCCCGUCAGCCCCCAGUGGCUCUGGGUGUCAGACGACUCCGUACGGAAAGCCAGCCGGCACGAGGUGCUGUCCUCCAACGCCUACAUGCUCUUCUACGAGAGAGUCCGGAGCGUGAGCCCGGCUCUGCGCCCGGAGGAGUGACCCGGAUGCCCGCGGCCUCACGGCGGACCGACUCGUGCCUUUGCAGUCAAGCUGUCACAGCUGAAUGUUCCAGGCACCACUCGGACCCCACAGGGGGAUCUGACCUUGUGACGGAGGCCAGAGAGGAAUUCCGGCCCGGAGUGACCGGACAGAUCAUGUUGCAUCAUGUUGCAUCAUGUGUCACGGCAGCCGGUCGGAGGGCGUUAGAUGAUGUCAUAACUUCUCUGAUCCGGAGGAAGAGACUCAACCCCAAAGAUCACGGACCUGCAAGUUUUUAGUCAAAUAUCGUUGAUCAAGUAAACUAUUGUUCCCGUACUCUGAGAACCAUUUCUGUCAUGCAACAGUUUGACUUCCACGGGACAAAAAACAGGAACGCUUCCCGACCGAGGGCCCUCUGGGUUCAGGUUCACACGAUGCUCUACAUGUUGGUGUUAAAUGUCAACGCAAUACACUCUGAGGGGUUCCUGUUAUUUUAUAGAUGACGAAGAAUUCUUGGAGAUUUUACUUCCAAGUAGUUUCAUUUGAUGAAGUUAAAGAGGUAAAACAUGUCCCCCUGCUUCUGGUUCUCUUGUCUAAUCUAAUUUGCCUCAUAAUUUCCAGCAGCGUAUGGAAUGAAUGUUUCAAGAGGAUGACAUCAUGUCACCGUCUGACCUGCAGAGCUGAGGGCAAAGCGCCACGUUGGGCUCUGAACACGUGACGCCAUGUGAUGUGUGGCCGUUGACGGGCAACAGCAACAAUGAGCCGCUCAGUGAAUAAAGCCACGUCAUUCUGAAUGUUGCAUUCGGUGUCGCUGCCGUUGCUCCUGCCAAACCAAGGAGGUUGAGAAACGGCCGGAUGCAAAACUCCUUCACGUUUGCGAUUUGCACUCAUGUAUAUUCAUGUGAGAUUGUGUGUAUUCUUGGUGUGUCUGUAAAGGUGAAUGUUUUCAGCUAUUAAAAGCAUUAAAUGAA